UCUUACCCAUUGCAUCGACCAAAACUUCAAGCCAAGCUCCGGGAUGAAGAUUUAUUGUUUAUCAGAUGUCCAGUGCUGUUUGUCUCAGGGUCAGCAGAUGAGAUGUGUGAAAAACCAUUGCUAGAAGGUGUGGCAAGCAAAAUGAAAGCCCCUAAAAAAAUCCAUUGGAUUGAUAAAGCAAACCAUGGGAUGGCAGUCAAAGGACGAACAACAGAUGAUGUCAUGGAAGAAACAAAUGCACAAGUUUUUUCUUCGCUUAAGGAGAAUAUUGAACUGGAGCACAAAAGAUGUGCAGCAUUUAAGCAGUAUCUUCAUUAA